GGGAUGAGACCUCUUGACUUGUUCUUAAGUCCUUGGUCUGAUAGGAAGAGUGUAUAAAUCAACCACUGAUACUUGCUACAUUAUAGAAAUCUGCCAGUUAAUGAAGAUUUAGCUUAAUUGGCAGUUGGCUAUUUGACUCUUUAAAGAGAGAUACAUCUGCAUUUUUGAGUUUUGCAGAUUUAUAAUUGUAUCUACUUGACUGUUUUCCUUCCCCCUCCUUUGUAAACUCUGGGGCAAGGACUGUCUGUGUCUGUAUAACAUGCAGCACAACGGGGCUCUGAUUCUGAGUGGGGGACUGUGAGUAUCACUGCAAUACACAUAAUCUGAGCAUAUGACUGGCUGCCUUGAUCAUGUAUCCAGGGCUUCCAUCAACAGACCCCAGAGCUGGCCUGGUGUAAUCCUGUUGCCCUCUCUGGAGAGGUCUGACCGGUCUCGGCUUCAGUUCUGAGUUUCAAAGGAAUAAACUGUCCCAGAAGCUGAGCUGGAUCCUCUGUACCUUUAUGAUAAGCUGCAUUGCCCAGUUUAGUUCUGCUUCCCAGGACCAAACCGAUGGCUGGCUAGUCUGUCGGAUGCAGUGGUCACACCUGGCUGUGACACAAGCAAGUUUAUCGUGCAACAAACUUUCUUUUCCUUGGGACAGGCCCUUGUCAUCAAAGCCAUUCUCCCCUGGAGUUAAUAUGGUCAGCGUGGGAAUUGGCACAAGGCCAGGCCCAGCAAGAGGCACCAGCUCAGGAUUGAGAUCUGACACUGAGACCGAUGAGACCACCCUGCAGAGGAGACAGAAGCAGAUAGACUAUGGGAAGAAUACUAUUGGCUACCAGCACUUCCUGCAACAGGUCCCCAAGGCCGCUCGGCAGUCAGGGAUUCACCCCCGAACUCCAAAUAAGUACAAGAAAUAUAGCCGCCGCUCCUGGGACAUGCAAGUCAAGCUGUGGAGACGGGCAUUGCAUGCCUGGGACCCGCCCACCCAGCAUCCUCUCCUGUGUGGACAAGGACUUCCAAGGCAGGAGCUGGUGAGUCUCUCAGGAAUGAUGGAGACAAACUCUUUAUGCGGCUUCUCAGAAGAUUGGCCUGGUGCCCUGAGGCCUCUUGAAAAUCUGCCAGGAGAAUCACUGGGCGGACAGUUUGCUGGCCUGUCAUCUCCUGGCUGCUCCUCUCCAUGGCUGACCCAGAUCCACUCCAACUUGCUGCCCUUCCUAGGACACACGCACACCUGCCCAUACUGCUCCUGGAUGGGGCUAUGAGGAGAGUCCAGAGCAUUUUCUGCCUCUGAAACAACAGCAUUUGGGGAGUGGGAAGAGCUCAGGCAUCAAGUUUCAUACAAGCCCAGCUGCUAGGAUCUCCUGAGCUCAUGAAGGACAUGAGAUUAUCCUGAAGCUUGCCCCAGGGACAAGGGGUGUUAGUGUUGAGGCUUGGAGCUGAGCACCAGACCACUUACACAAUGCACAAACCGAGAGAUAGCUGCUGGGUUUGUAUCUCCUCACACAGCCCAACUUUCCAUGGUGUAGAGAGAGUUUGUCACCUGAGUACCUGUAACCCCAGGCAUUGCAGUGAAUACCAGCAUGCAUAGGACCAGUUCUUUCUGCUUCCCUUCAGGAAUCUGUUCGCUCUCUUGGGUUCCAGGGAGAUCUGUAUAGAAGGGGUUGGAAAAAUGGAAAGGGGGGUCAAUAAAAUUUACCAAAAGACUCUGUAACA